AUGGAGAGUGAAAAUGGGCGGUACAAGCCCGAUUACUACAAAGGGACACAGUCUGUGUGGACUGUGAUGCCUCAGCAUCAGAUAAAAGAGCAACAUAAUGCGUUGGUAAUGAAUAAGAAGAUCAUGACCAUCCUCGCUGAGAGGGAUGCAGCGAUCAAGGAAAGAAACGAAGCGGUAGCAGCAAGGAAGGAAGCAUUMGCUGCUCGGGAUGAAGCACUUGAGCAACGGGACAAAGCUCUCUCUGAAAGAGAUAAUGCUAUAAUGGAAAGAGAAAGUGCGUURAAURCUCUUCAGUACCGUGAAAACAAUCUAAACUACAUUUUGUCGUGUGCAAAGCGUGGUGGUUCCCAAAGUUGUUUAACUGAAGAAAGCCACUUACCAGACCCUUYCCCUAUAUCAACUAUUCCACCCGAAGCAGCCAACAAGAGACCAGCCAAAAGGAAGAAAGAGRGCAAGCAGGGAAUACGAUCAAAGGGAAAGAAAGUGAGCGAGGAUCUGAACCGUCAGGUUGCUUCUCCGGGAAAGAAAUGCAGAAAAGAUUGGGACAGUAACGAUGYCGGUUUAAACCUAGUCACGUUCGAUGAGACAACAAUGCCAGUGCCCGUGUGCACUUGCACCGGGACUGCUCAUCAGUGUUACAAAUGGGGAAACGGCGGGUGGCAAUCAUCUUGCUGCACAACCACUUUGUCUGAGUAUCCGCUCCCACAGAUGCCAAACAAGCGGCAUUCUCGAAUGGGCGGUAGGAAAAUGAGYGGAAGUGUCUUCUCCAGGUUACUUAGUCGUUUAGCUGGCGAAGGGCACGAGCUUUCYUCUCCCGUUGAUCUAAAGGACUAUUGGGCUAGACAUGGAACAAACCGCUACAUCACUAUCAAGUAG